GUCACACCAAACCUCAUUUUCGACUAUUUACUACCAAUUUUUAAAGAUUUUAAAGCCAUGUCGCAAUCACAAACCCACGUUAAUAAAGGCAGCAUAAUCAGUCAGAAUUCAGUGAGUCAGCUAAACGAUUUGGAUGAGCUGACUGAUGCAGAACUGAUUAAAUUAGUCAAGGAUUUGAAGCAGCAAAUCAAGAUUGUUUCUCUAGAAAAUGAGAUCUUCGAAAGAACUAUACUGAGGUUGGAACCAGCGCUAAUGCAUGGAGUGCAACAAGCUUUGGACUACGCAAACAAAUUACAGAGCAGUUCAUCUUUAGCUGUCGGUAGCUUCGUCAAGUCCCAGACUUCAAGAUUUGGAGGUCUAGACUCUUUUACAAGUCCAUCCAGAAUGUUAACCAGCCCUUCUAAAGUAUCAACAAGGAGAGUAGAGUCAUCAGCUAAAAUUGGUGGAACAGUCAUCUUCGGAACAGGUCCUCGUAUCAACGUUUUGGAAAGAUCUGAACUAGUUUCAGCAGAAAUGGAGAUUCUGGUCGAAAACAUGGAAAAGGCGAGGAAAAAAGCUGCCAAACAACACGCUCUACUCAAAGCGCAAUUGGAAGAAAUUGGAGUCAGAGUUGUUGAUAUAGAAAAGGCCAGUGGGUUUUUCAACAAAGAAGUAAUAGUGGAAGGUUGGGACAAAAUAGCUCAGAGGAUUCCCGCCGAAAUAUGGAUCAGGUUCAUGACUGAAUGGGUCAAAAUUGCUGACAGCCAAAUCGGGAAGCUACGUUUGAGAACAAGCACUUUAAACACUCAGUUCAGCAAGCUAAAGGGUCAGAUUAAGGUCAAAGCUGAACUGAGCGAGAGUCUACGAGCUGUAGAUUUCGACAAGCUGAAGAUCGAAAACGACGAAUGCAUGGAAAUAAUUGACAAGAAGCUUCAGCAAUUGGGUGAACUGAAAAAGAUGACGGGCGACGCGAAUCUGAAUCUAACGAUACACAAAAAGUUAAUGAUGGAACAGAAUACUUAUUUGACGAAUAUCAUAAACACAAUUAAAGACAGAGAAAGAAUGACGAUUGAGCUAGAUAAAGAAAGAGACAUAAUUCAAGUUCAAGCAGAUUCUCUAGCUCAGAGACUUGAAGAAGUUAAGAAAGUUCGUCUAGCUUACGAAGUGCCAGAUGUUAUGGACUAUGUGUGUGUGAAAUCAGAAGUGACAGAUUUGAAACACAGCGUGAAAUUGUUGGAGAAUCGAGUUCAUAUCCAGCAGAUAGCGUUGACUUCGUUGAACAAGAAACUUAACUCUAUGAACGUAUAAUUAGUUUUAGUUAUUUAUGUAUGUAAUUCGAGAUCUUCC